CGAUCCGAUCCUCAUCUCCCCUUCCCCCACCCAGCCGGCCAUCCCAGUGAGACAAGUCUUGCAUCGUCUUGCAAUCUCCACCUCACAACUCGUGCUCUCUUCUUGUCUUUUCUUCACCUCCUCCACUCCGUUCGCCCGCUUUAUUCUGCGCUAGCUCCCACUCCCACUCCCUCGCCCCACACACUCACGCGUCAGCACCAAAACCCCCCGGCUUAGGCGGCCGGCCCUUCCGCCAACCCUCCCCCGGCGCCGCCAACGUGCCGACAAUGCCCAUGCUCACAAACCGCGGGCUGGCCCUCAGCUUGACCCCCGCGACGAAGCGGUUGCUGCUGCGGCUCCUCCUGUUCGUCGGGGUUGUGUGGCUGUUCCGUUCUCUCACCUCGUCCACAAAGCACGAGGAAAUCCAGAAGCACGGCGUGUUCGAGCGAGUGCUCACUUCCGAAAAAUACCUUGAUGUGCAUGCCAACCCGUGGCUGCAGAGCCGCAAGGGACGUGACGAGAGGCCAGACUUGUUCGACGAGGAAGUGUUGGACGGCAUCCUGGACUUUUGGACGCGCUUCCAGAAACCCUCUAUCACCGGAAAGGAGACAGCGCACCUCGACACGCAGAUCAUGAAGGGUGUCGUCGAAGACCUGCUCAAGUUCAACGGCUGGGUCACGAGCGGGUGCCAAGGCUUGAUUCGCCCGUUUGACUCGCACAAUGACAACUACGACGACCUCGUUGAAGCCGACAACCUUUACUACGUCGCGAUCAUUGUCAACCAGGCCGACCACUUUGUUGUUGACCAGGUGGCCGUCAUUAUCGGCCUUGCGCGCCGCCUGGGCACGCGCAACAUCUUCGUGUCCAUUCUCGACCAGGGCUCGACAGACGGAACGCAGACGCUUUGCGACAUCACCGAGGCUGUCCUGACCAUCCUUGGUAUCGCAUUCCGCAUCCGCCGCAUCCCCGCCAUGCCCAUCAACUACUACCCACUGGAGGAGGCCGAGGUCCGCAACCUUGCUCUGGAGCCCUUGCACGAGCUCAACGAGAAACGCAACUUGAGGUUCCACCGUGUCAUCUGGCUCAAGGGCUUCACCUGCCCGACCGACGUGCUUGAGUCGCUGCGCGUGUCCGAAGUUAACAAAGCCGCCAUGGUGUGUGGCAUGGACUGGGCUGAGCACGAGGGCUUCUUCAUCUUCUCGGACCGCUGGCGCACACGUGACAUCGCCGGCGGCCUGUUCCGCCAGGCGCGUUCCAGCUCCAAGCCCGAGGCCGGCCCUCCCCGCGACAAGGUCGGCACCGAGCGCUACGCCGAGCAUCUGCCAUUCCAGGUCUUCUGCUGCGAGUCGGGCACGCACGUCGUUGACCCCGCGCAGUCGUACUACCGCGGCAUCCGCUACAGGGCCUCGCACGACGCUGUCAACAUCACAGACAUUGACCCGCCCAACACCGGCCCCGAAACCCCAUGCAUGGACUCUGCGCAAAUGUGGUUCUGCCGCGACUUGUGGGUUGAUGCGGCCAAGAACGGCGGCGGCAACAACAAGCCCGGUGGUGGCCGCGGGCACCGUCGUGGCACGCACAAGCGUGCGCUCGACACUGUGCGCGAAAACCUCGGCUCGCUGUUCAAGCGUGACGCUGAGGCUGUGGCCGAGGUCGAGGCCGCGCCUAAGGCCGACGAAAAGCGGGCCGCGGCUCCCGAUGCCGCGCCAGCUCCCGCGCCUCAGGCUGCUGAGGAGAAGAAGAUUAACAAGCCCGCCAAGGGAGGCGACAAAGUCAAGGAAGAGAAGAAGGACGAGGACCCGGCCGAGCGCAAGGACCGUCGCGAGGACGGCUCGGACAAGACGGCGGGCGACAGUGUCGGAUCCAACCUCGACGCCAUGGAGGAGGACGCUUCAGAGGUGUUGCCCGACGACGGGAUCCAGAGCGACGAGCACACUUACCUCUUCCCGAACAGCGCGUACGAGCCUGCGCGCAUCCUCGUCAACCCGCGCUGCCUGACGACGUACGGUGGUGUAUCGCACACCAAGCUCGCGCUCGACUUGUUCGGCGGCAAGCACGGGCAUUCGCACACGGUUAAGCAGAACCUCGUGAUCGAUGAGUGGCAGGGCGCUCCCGACUCGUUUAUCUGCCAGGAAAUGCGUACGACCGGUGGGCGGACGGCGCCGAAAACUCAGCGCCGCGUGAGCUUCCUGCUCCAGUACGAAGUUGAGCAGUAGACAAUUUCCUUCCCUCUACCAUAGAUAGAUGC